AGAAUAGAAACGUUUUAGUGUUGAGGCGAAAAAACUACAGGCGACAAAUCCGCCGGUGUCACAGUGUUCAUGGUCCGUGAGGCUGAACCGCUCGUCAGAACCACAGACCUCAGAUCGGGUGGAAGCUCGUCGGGACUUGAUUUGUCUGUUUCAGUUCGUGAUGGCGGAGGAAGCAGCAGCUGACGUGAGCUCAGCAGGAAGCUCGACACAAGUGGCUCUGGACUAUUUACAAGAUGAGAAGACCGACGGAGACAUGGCCAACCUGAACCUGGGAGAACUGGACCUCACCACUGACGAAUACAUCCUGGAUGAAGUGGACAUUCACAUCCAGGCCAAUCUGGAAGACGACCUGGUGAAGGAGGCGCUCAAAACGGGCGUUGACCUGCGGCAGUACUCCAAGCAGGUGGAGGCGGAGCUGCAGAGGAUCGAACAGGCCUCCAUCAAAGACUACAUCAAGGAGAGUCAGAACAUCGCUCUUCUGCACAACCAGAUCACUGCCUGUGACUCCAUACUGGAGCGUAUGGAGGGAAUGCUGAGCGGCUUCCAGAGCGACCUGUCGUCCAUCAGCAGUGAGAUCCAGACGCUGCAGCAGCAGUCGGUCAGCAUGAAUGUGCGGCUGAAGAACAGGCAGGCCGUGCGCAGUCACCUCAGCCAGCUGGUGGACGAGCUGGUGGUGCCCGGGGCCAUGAUCUCCACCAUCCUGGAGAGUCCAGUGACGGAGCAGGAGUUUCUGGAGCAGCUUCACGAGCUCAACAACAAGAUCAACUUUGCCAAAGAGCUGAGCUUCAGAGAGACGCUGGCGUGCUCCGACAUCCAGGACAUCGUGGACCGCCUCAAACUCAAGGCCGUGUCGAAGAUCAGAGAGUUCAUCCUUCAGAAGAUCUACUCCUUCAGGAAGCCGAUGACAAACUACCAGAUACCACAGAACACUCUGCUGAAGUACAGAUUUUUCUAUCAGUUCCUUUUGGCCAAUGAGAGGACGGUUGCCAAGGAGAUCCGAGACGAGUACGUGGACACGAUGAGCAAAAUUUACUACAGUUACUUCAAGUCGUACAGCGGCAGGCUGCUCAAAGUGCAGUACGAGGAGGUGGCAGACAAAGACGACCUGAUGGGCGUAGAAGACACAGCCAAGAAAGGUUUCUUCUCCAAACCGUCUCUGAAGAGCAGGAACACCAUCUUCACUGUCGGCCAGAGGGGGGCGAUCCUGAGCCCCUCCGAGCUGGAGGGGCCCAUCCUGGUUCCACACACGGCUCAGAGAGGAGACAGCAGAUAUCCAUAUGAGACCCUGUUCCGCAGUCAGCACUACGCUUUACUGGACAACGGCUGCAGAGAGUUCCUGUUCCUGUCCGACUUCUUCAUGGUGACAGGGAAUUCUGCCCUCGACCUCUUCAACAGCAUCAUGGGAAAAACCCUCAGCAUGUUCCUGAAGAGCAUGUCCACAUACGUGUCCGACUGCUACGACAGCAUCGCCGUCUUCCUGUGCAUCCACAUCAUCCUGAGGUUCAGAGCCAUCACCGCCAAGAGGAACAUCCCCGCCCUCGACAAGUACUGGGAGGCCGUGCUGGAGCUGCUGUGGCCGAGGUUCGAGUUGAUUCUGGAGAUGAACAUUCACAGCAUCAGAAACACAGACCCUCAGAAACUGGGAGUGUUGGACACCAGACCACACUACAUCACUCGUCGUUAUGCAGAGUUCUCGUCAGCGAUCGUCAGUAUCAAUCAGACGUUUCCCAACGAGAGGACACACGCUCUGCUGGGACAGCUGCAGGUUGAGGUUGAAAACUUUGUGCUGAAGAUGGCGGCAGAGUUUCCCUCCAGAAGAGACCAGCUCAUCUUCCUCAUCAAC